AUGCGCGUCACACUUUCUAGUCUGGCACUUUUUGCCUGUGUCUCUGUAGCAGCCGCUGCGCAGAAAAACGCAACUAUUGAGCGAGAAACCCGCAGCAUUGACGAAAUCUACGAAGCAGCAGUUGCCGAAGGUGGUGUUGUUACACUUUGGCAUGGCGGCGAUGAGAAGACCCAGCAAAACAAUCUGAAGACUGCCUUCGAGGCACGAUUCCCCAAGAUGAAGCUCAACGUGACUGUUGACAUUUCUAAAUACCACGAUAUCAAUCUCGACGCGCAACUCGCAGACAAUAACGUCUACGUCGACAGCAUUAUUCUCCAGACGCUGAACGACUACCCACGCUGGAAGAAGGAGGGCGUUCUAUUGAACUACGCGCCUUUGAACUUCGACAAUGUCUACCCGGAGUUCAAAGAUGCAGAAGCAGCCUACUCUGGACUGUUCAUCAUCGCAUGGGGUCUCUCCGCAAACCUGAACAAGACGAGUGUAGUACCAACCGCAUACGGAGACUUCAUCAAACCCGAGUACAAAGACAAGAUCGUUCUGACCUACCCUAAUGACGAUGAUGCGGUUCUGUACCAGUUCGAAAUUAUCCGAGAAACACUGGGCGAUGGAUGGUUCGACGCCCUACUUGCCAACAACCCCCGCUGGGUGCGUGGCACACAAACUCCCGGCACAAUCCUCGGUACCGCCAACAGCACCAGCGCAGUAAGCUUCACCAGCAGCUACUCCUUCACAGCCCGGCCACCGGUCGACUACGGAUUGCCCACCGAUGCCAAAUUUGUCUCCUGGCCUCAAACCGGCGCCAUCCUCAAAAAGGCACCGCACCCCGAAGGCGCAAAGCUGCUCCACAGCUUCAUGCUCAGCGACGAGUACCAGAGUGACGCCAAAUGGAGUGUUCGUCAAGACGUUGCGCCGCCCACGGGUGCGCACAAGAUUCUCGAACAGCCUGGUACUGACGCGCAGGCGUUUACCAAGUGGAUGUCGGACCGUGGACGAGUUGAGAGGGCGAGGUUCUUUUACGAGCAGAGGAUUGGUGCGCCACAGGGUCUUAGCCCGCUCAAUGAUAACUUGUGA